AAUGAGUCUCUGCGCACCUCUGCAUCUGACAUUGCUGUGUUGGCGGAGACACGUAACGCGUCUAAAGUCAACGAAGGCAGGGCACUCCUUGGCACUGAUCGUCUAGUAUUUAUCAGAAUUUCAAAGUCCAGUCUCAGACAACUAAAUCUCUAAAAUGCGUGAGUGCAUCUCCAUACACGUAGGACAAGCCGGAGUUCAAAUUGGCAAUGCAUGCUGGGAGCUCUACUGCCUGGAGCAUGGCAUUCAGCCGGACGGCAACAUGCCGGCUGACAGGACCAUCACCGUUGGCCGCAGCGGAGGCGGGGACGACUCCUUCAGCACGUUCUUCAGCGAGACGGGUGCCGGGAAGCACGUUCCCCGUGCCGUGUUUGUGGACCUGGAGCCCUCCGUGAUAGAUGAGGUCAGAUCUGGAACCUAUCGCAGCCUGUUCCACCCCGAGCAGCUGAUUAACGGGAAGGAGGACGCAGCCAAUAACUACGCCCGUGGCCACUACACGGUUGGCAAGGAGAUCAUCGACAUUGUGCUGGAGCGCGUACGCAAGCUGUCGGACUGUUGCACAGGCCUCCAGGGCUUCCUCAUCUUCCACAGCUUCGGCGGAGGCACCGGCUCCGGCUUCACCUCCCUGCUGAUGGAGCGCCUCUCCGUCGACUAUGGCAAGAAGUCCAAGCUUGAGUUUGCCAUCUACCCAGCCCCCCAGGUGUCCACUGCAGUGGUGGAGCCCUACAACUCCAUCCUGACCACCCACACCACCCUGGAGCACUCCGACUGUGCCUUCAUGGUGGACAAUGAGGCCAUCUAUGACAUCUGUCGCAGAAACCUGGACAUCGAGCGCCCAUCCUACACCAACCUCAACAGGCUGAUUGGCCAGAUCGUGUCUUCCAUCACUGCCUCCCUCAGAUUCGAUGGUGCUCUGAAUGUGGACCUGACGGAGUUCCAGACCAACUUGGUGCCCUACCCACGUAUCCACUUCCCCCUGGUCACCUACUCCCCCAUCAUCUCCGCUGAGAAGGCCUACCACGAGCAGCUGUCUGUCUCCGAGAUCACCAGCGCCUGCUUCGAGCCGUCCAAUCAGAUGGUGAAGUGCGACCCUCGUCAUGGCAAGUACAUGGCCUGCUGCAUGCUGUACCGUGGAGAUGUGGUGCCCAAAGACGUCAACUCGGCCAUCGCCAACAUCAAGACCAAACGCUCCAUUCAGUUCGUGGACUGGUGCCCCACUGGCUUCAAGGUGGGCAUCAACUACCAGCCCCCCACUGUGGUGCCUGGUGGAGACCUGGCCAAGGUGCAGAGGGCCGUGUGCAUGCUGAGCAACACCACCGCCAUCGCUGAGGCCUGGGCCCGUCUGGACCACAAGUUUGACCUGAUGUACGCCAAGAGGGCCUUCGUGCACUGGUACGUGGGCGAGGGCAUGGAGGAGGGCGAGUUCUCCGAGGCGCGCGAGGACCUGGCGGCGCUGGAGAAGGACUAUGAGGAGGUGGGAGCGGACUCUGUGGAGGACGAAGAGGAGGGGGAGGAGUACUGAGCUGAGCCUCCUGUGCGAGCCACCCACUGCCUACCCGCAAAAGGGAUCAACAUUCUCUCUCCUUCUCUCUCUCUCGUUCGUCAACUCUUUGUUUAUUUGUCGUCUGAGUUGUUCUGUCCUUCUGUCCUCAGUGACUGCUGUGUUGGUCUGUUCUGCUGCUGCUGAGUUUUCAGUUUUUUUUUUUUUUAUUAUUCUCCUCUGAAUAAAUAUUUGUGUUUAAA